GGAUGGGGAUUUGUUGGAGAGUUAAUUUACGGAGCAGGACAAAGGAAGACGCGACGACUCGAAAGCGCACACGGAAUCUUUUUGUCCUGAAUCUGAAUUUUUCCUUUCUUCUAUAAUCUAUAAUCUAUACUAUAAAAUCCAUCCAUGAAUCUCUCUCUAUCCCCUUAGUUUUAUUUUCACCUCAAUCAGGUUAUGCUAGUUUAACAUCAUCAUGGACCUGUGUUUGGAUUUGAGUUUAGCCUCUUCCCCUUCCCUGUUUCUCGGUGAUGUUUCUCGCAGGAGCAGAGACAUGUCUGAGAAACUCGCCAUGCUUGAGAACUAUGUUCAGAGAUUGGAGGAUGAAAUGAACAAGGUUGAAGCCUUCAAACGCGAGCUCCCUCUUUGCAUGCUCCUGGUCAAAGAAGCCAUAGCAAGGUUGAAGGAGGAAAAACUCCAGUGUUUGGGAAAGCAAGAUCCACCUGCUGCUGCUGCUGCUGCUGCUGAAGAAUCCACGCCCAAUUGUGGAGCUAAUGGGAAAGGACCAGGGAUUACCAUGGAAAAGGACAAGAACAAUUGGAUGAGCACAGUUCAGCUAUGGUGCGCACAAACCAAAUCGAAGAAUGUAGAAGGUGAUAGGUCUGUGCCUGAGAAACCAAUUCAACUAAUGAAUCCAAAUAAGACUAGUGUUGGGGGAGGGUUUAUGACAUUCAUUGCGGAUUCGCGUGUUCCUAAGGAGGUUUCACAUGUUCCAAGCUUCAAAAUCACUCCGGCGGCUCAACUGAGUCAUAGCAAUUCCAAGAGUGGUUGCGGUGGAGGUAGUAGCUCUGAACUGAGUCAACCGCAACCGCAACCACCGCAUCAUUUGCUGCGGCAAAAUCAAAAUCCCAGGAAGCAAAGGAGAUGCUGGUCCCCGGAGCUUCAUCGGCGUUUUGUUGACGCGCUUCAACAACUUGGAGGAGCUCAAGAGGCCACUCCUAAACAGAUUAGAGAUCUGAUGCAGGUGGAGGGCCUCACAAAUGAUGAAGUCAAAAGCCAUUUGCAAAAGUACAGGCUUCACGUUAGAAGAUUCCCAAUUUCUUCUAAUGGCCAAGCUAAUAAUGGCUUAUGGAUGGUCCAAGAUCAAUCUGGAGAUAAAUCAAAGGGAAGCUUAUCACAAUCUGGUUCUCCACAAGGUCCUCUUACACCUCUUCUCCUGGGAGGUUCUGUUAAAGGCCUUUCAAGCCCUGGACGAAACAGUGCAGAUGCUGAAGAUGAGCAAUCAGAUUGCUGGAAUUGGAAAGGUGCUGAUAAUCAGAGCCUCUAAAAUUUUGCAGAUAAAUUAUAAUAAAGUAAACCCAAAAUUUGACAAUAUGAAAAUAAUAGAUCUAACUCAGAGAAUUAUAGAAGGGAUCAAGUUUAUGCUAUAGUUUUUUUUUUAAACUGUUCUGGAGAGGGCCCUGAGAUGUUGCAGAUUUUUUCAGGCUUUUUUUCCCUGUGUUAUUGCAAGAGGCUUUUUUGUGACAACUUAUAGCUAAUAACCAAUAUGGUUGUAUGUAGCUGCAAUUUUACAUGACAAAUUUCAAACAUAAUCUCCGUUUCUGAAUUGUGCUUUA